AUGGAUGAAGACGAUCUUUUUGGAGUCUUCAAUGAAGCUCCUGUCUUGUCUGCUCCUGUUGGGAAGAUUGAAGAGAUUGAAGAAGGUGACUCCUCCAACAACAAGAGGACACAUUCGGACGAUGAGCAAGUAGAAGAGACCGAAGACAAAGGUGAGGAACAAAAGGAAGAACCCGUGGUCAGUAAGAAGAAGAAGCUAAACAAGGAAACUUCCAAGCCAGACAUAAAACCUGUUGUUUUCGAUUCGUUGGAAAUUGAAGCUUCCAGAGAAGUUGCAGUCUCAAAUGGUUUGAUGGCUCCUUCUACUGCUGCUUCUGCUGGAGAUGAAGGUAAACAAGAUGGUAGCAAUGGUCAAAUAAAGUUAAAGCAUCAAGUUAGACAUCAAGUUGCCAUACCACCAGAUUUUCCAUACGUCCCUAUUGGUGAGCAUAAGAGACACAAUGAAGCACGUACGUACCCAUUCGUGUUGGAUCCUUUCCAAGACACAGCCAUCUCAUGUAUCGAUAGAAAUGAAAGUGUCUUGGUUUCCGCACAUACAUCUGCUGGUAAGACAGUCGUUGCUGAAUAUGCAAUUGCCCAAUCUUUAAGGGAGAAGCAAAGAGUCAUUUAUACAUCUCCAAUCAAGGCCUUGAGUAACCAAAAAUAUAGAGAGUUGUUGGCCGAAUUUGGAGACGUUGGAUUAAUGACUGGUGAUGUUACCAUAAAUCCCGAUGCCGGUUGUUUAGUGAUGACCACUGAAAUUUUAAGAUCUAUGUUGUACAGAGGUUCUGAAGUUAUGAGAGAAGUUGCCUGGGUUAUAUUUGAUGAAGUUCAUUACAUGAGAGAUAAAUCAAGAGGUGUCGUUUGGGAAGAAACUAUCAUCUUGUUGCCAGAUAAGGUUCAUUAUGUAUUCCUUUCCGCUACCAUUCCUAACGCCAUGGAAUUUGCAGAAUGGAUUGUCAAAAUUCAUAUGCAACCUUGUCAUGUUGUUUACACUGAUUUCCGUCCAACCCCCUUGCAGCAUUACUUAUUCCCAGCUGCUGGAGAUGGUAUUCAUUUAGUUGUUGAUGAGAAGGGAACUUUCAGAGAAGAAAACUUCCAAAAGGCAAUGGCAAGUAUAAGUGACAACACUGGUGACGAUCCUGCAGCUGCCAAUGGCUCAGGUAAAGGUAAAAAGGGUCAAACUUACAAAGGUGGAAAUAAAGAUGGGAAAUCUGAUAUCUACAAAAUUGUUAAAAUGAUUUAUAUGAAGAGAUACAAUCCUGUCAUUGUAUUUUCAUUCUCCAAGAGGGACUGUGAAUCUUUAGCUUUAAAGAUGUCCAAAUUGGAUUUCAACACCGAUGAUGAAAGAGAUGCAUUAACCAAGAUCUUCCAUAAUGCCAUUGGUCUCUUACCUGAAGCCGACAAGGAAUUACCUCAGAUUAAGAACAUUUUACCUUUAUUGAGACGUGGUAUCGGUAUUCAUCAUUCCGGUUUGUUACCGAUAUUGAAGGAAAUUAUCGAAAUUCUCUUUCAAGAAGGUUUAUUAAAGGUGUUAUUUGCGACUGAAACUUUCUCCAUUGGUCUUAAUAUGCCUGCUAAGACUGUUGUGUUCACAUCUGUUCGUAAGUGGGAUGGUAAGGGCUUCCGUUGGGUAUCCGGUGGUGAGUACAUUCAAAUGUCCGGUAGAGCUGGUAGACGUGGUUUGGAUGAUCGUGGUAUUGUUAUUAUGAUGAUUGACGAAAAAAUGGAGCCUCAAGUUGCCAAGGGAAUGGUCAAGGGUCAAGCUGAUAGAUUGGAUUCAGCUUUCCACCUCGGUUAUAAUAUGAUUUUAAAUUUGAUGAGAGUGGAAGGGAUUUCCCCUGAAUUCAUGUUAGAGAAUUCAUUUUUCCAAUUUCAAAAUGCUGCAUCAGUCCCAAAGAUGGAAAAGGAAUUACAAGAUUUGACAUUAAACUUGAACCAAAUACAAAUAGAUGAUGAGUUUACUGUGAAAGAAUACUACGAUUUAAAGAAGCAAUUGGAUACCUACCAAGCUGAUGUUAGAAAGGUAGUUACCCACCCGGGUCAUAUUCUACCAUUUUUGCAGCCAGGUAGAGUGAUCAAGGUAAAGAUUCCAAGUGGUAAAGAUGAUGGAGAAGAUUUUGAUUAUGAUUGGGGAAUGGUUGUAUCCUUCCAAAAGAGAACCAACAAGAGAAAUCCAUCUCAAACUUUCACCGAUCACGAAUCGUACAUUGUUACUGUGUUUGUUUUCACGAUGUAUGUCGAUUCACCAGCUAAUCUCAUCAAACCAUUCAAUCCACAAUUAGCUGAGGGUAUCAGACCUGCUAAGGCAGGUGAAAAAUCAAGAGCUGAAUACAUUCCAAUUACAUUGGAUUCUAUCGAAAAGAUUAGUAGCGUUAGAUUGAAAGUUCCGGAUGAAUUCAAGCUGUCAGCAGCAAAGAGAAAUCUUGUAAAGACGAUGAAAGAUUUGCCUAAGAGAUUACCAGAUGGAAUUCCAAUAAUGGACCCAGUUGAAAGUAUGAAGAUAGAUGACACAGAUUUUAAAUUAUUAUUAAGAAAAAUUGAUGUGUUGGAAUCUAAAUUAUACUCCAACCCAUUGUACAAUAGUACAAGAUUGAACGAUUUAUACGAAAAAUACAAUGAAAAGGUGAAACUUGAAUCAGAAAUCAAAACUUUAAAAGAAAAAAUUUUGGAAGCUCAAGCAGUAAUUCAAUUGGAUGACUUAAGACACAGGAAGAGAGUAUUGAGAAGAUUAGGGUUUACUACUGCAAAUGACAUUAUAGAAUUGAAAGGUAGAGUUGCAUGCGAAAUCAGUACUGGUGAUGAAUUGUUAUUGACUGAAUUAAUAUUCAAUGGUACUUUUAAUGACUUGACACCGGAACAAUGUGCUGCCUUAUUGUCCUGUUUUGUGUUCCAGGAAAGAGCUAAAGAAGUUCCAAGAUUGAAGCCAGAAUUAGCCGAGCCCUUAAAGUCCAUGCAAGACAUGGCAACCAAAUUGGCCAAAAUCUUCAAAGAAUGCAAAAUAGAACUUGUAGAGAAGGAAUACGUUGAAUCUUUUAGACUGGAAUUGAUGGAGGUAACUCAUUCUUGGUGUAAAGGUGCCUCAUUCACUCAAAUUUGUAAAAUGACCGAUGUUUAUGAAGGCUCCUUGAUUAGAAUGUUUAAGAGAUUAGAAGAGAUGUUAAGACAGAUGGUGACAGCGGCGAAAACCAUUGGAAAUGCCGAAUUAGAAGAAAAAAUGGAGAAGGCAAUUGAAAUGGUUCAUAGGGAUAUCGUAUCUGCAGGUUCUUUGUAUCUUUAG